CCUAUCUACUGUUUUUGGUAGUUUUGUUUUCCUCCCUGUUGCUUAUCCGUUUGGUUGGCUCAUUGGCUUUGGUUGUGCCAUUUGUUGUUUCAUUUGCGCAACAUUCAUUCGUUGGGGUGCCAGCAUUAACCACGGUAUCGUUACAAAGUGUAUGCGCGUGAGUGUGUGUGUUUAUUUAUGUUCAUUACUUUGUGUUUUUAUGUGUUGUUGCCUUUGUGUUUUUGUGUGUGACUUUAGAGAGCUUUUUUCGCUUGUGCCGCAGCGGGCAGAACAGUCACCAGCAUUUGUACGUACAGAUACGACGCCCGUUUAUAUUUGCGCGGAUUCUUUUUGCGAAUUAACAAACGCGCAAGUGGAUUUCCAACAACUUAUCUCCGAUAAAGGCGUAAACAAAAACAACGACGAUAAAAGCAAAAGAAAAAUAGUAAGAAAAAAAAUUAAAAUUGAAAAAAAAAAAAAAACCAAACAAGUGCCCUGCGUUCACAGUGGGCCGGCCGGUGUGGCUAGUUGGUAUACGCGUUCGAAUGGCAGCCGCAGCAGUACUAGUGACAGUUGUUGGGACGGCUUGAACACACCAAAUAGCGAGCUGCGUAUGAAUUUUGCGAAAAGCCAGUGAUCGUUAUCUAACGCGUGAAAGGAACUAAAGUUUUAACAAAAAAUCAAAACGUUAAUUCGUACAAGCAGUUUUCGAAAACAGUUUUGCAAAAUACGAAUUUUAUUAACAAUUAUUCCGAUAAGUAUGUGUCUGACUCAGCUGAUUGCGCGUGGCCAUUGGAAAUCAUCAAUAAAUCGCCUGUAAAGAUCCUGCGUCGAUAAGCCAACACAGAAUAGGUAUUCCCAGGCAACAAACCAACGGUUUGGCACUUUUUGUCGGAUUAACAGACGGAAAGGCACACAACAGCGGCACUAAAAGGCAAUAAGCGAGGUCCCACCAAGCACAAUAGGAAUUUUUUGUCAAUUUUUAAAAGAAAUUUAUUAUAAAAGUAACACAAUAAGACAUAACUGCCCAGUUCAUUGGCAAAAAUUACAAAAAGGACAAUAAAAACUAAAAUUCGCAAUCGGAAGCGUUGCUUGUGUUGCAUUGUUUAAAGUUGUGGUAGAAAAAAAUCCAUUUGUAUUGUGUUAUUGAGCGACGGCGUUGCCAGUAGUGGACCCUAAAUUAGACGGAUUGUUGUGCAAGAGGAAGUGGAAUGUGUUAAAAAUCUGUGUAAUAAGUAACAAAAAAUAUGCAAGAAAAACUGAAGGCAUAGUCCAAAAAAAAAUUUUCUUAAACAAUUAUAUAACAGUGUAUAAAUUUUCAAUAUUCAAAUCACCACAAAUACUGGCAAAGAAGACAUAGGUAACACGCAUAGGCAAACUCGUGCGAACAUUAGAUAAAGUGAAGUGAUAAUGUGAAAUUUUGCAAAUUCUACUAGAAAACAAAAAUGUCAGAAUUCCAUUGUAAGUGAAAAGUAUGAUUGAUGAUUGCUACGCCAGGGUGUUGCUUUAUCACUCGUGGCAUGUGACAACUUCCUAAAUUCUCUCACAAAAUAAAAAGAAAUAACAAUAACGAUUGAUUUCGGUCCCCUCAAAGCAUUCACAUAAUCCUCCGCAACUCUGUAGUGCAACUCAAACAAAUUUGUCAUAAUAAAUUCUGCUUUCCAGUGUUUGUUUCAACGCGGCAAUAUUAAAUAACAGCUAAAUAAUCAAACAAAAACAUUUGGCAACGAUAAUCGCUGCAGUGAGCAGAAAGCAACUAAAAUGUUAACGGACAUGACACCGACGGCCGGACAGUUGUACGGCUCACAAAUACCCGCUAUGGGCAUGAAUAUCGGUAAUAUCGCCACGCAUCUGCAAAAGCCGCAAGUUAAUCCGGAUCAUCCUAGUCUGCGUGGCACACCGCUAGCAAUGUUGGCCGCACAAUGCAAUAAAUUGUCUAGUAAGUCUCCACCGCCUCUUGCCGAUGCAGCUGUGGGAAAAGGUUUUCAUCCGUGGAAGAAAAGUCCCACUUCACCGUCGAGUAGUGCUGCUGGAGGUCAGCACUCACCUUGUACCAUCUCUUCCGCUUCGUCGUCGUCGGGUUCGUCGAGUAGUAAUUUGGGUUUGAGCGGCGUCUCAUCAGCUGCCUCCUCACGCAGUUUGCCGUCGUCCAGCAUCAAUACAAUGGUCAACAUCACCGCUAGCAUUUAUCCUUACAGUCGCCCGAUUCCUUCAUCAUGCGCUGCUGUUAGUAAUCCCUCAGCUUAUGGUAGCGAUCUCUACUUUCCGAAUACGAGCAGCCCUAGUGGCAGCAUGGUCUCUGACAAUCACCACAUGCAUCAGGGUUUGUUGGGCAAAGUGGAGGGCGCUACUUUCGGCUCGGUCUAUUCACGUCAUCCAUAUGAUUGGCCCUUUAAUGCGGUUACCGCAUCAGCGCAUAAAGCGGCCGAGGCAGCAAGCGUCAACUCCGGUUGGUGGGAUAUGCACAGCGCUGCUGGCAGUUGGCUAGAUAUGGGUGGCGCUGGUAUGCAUUCAACCAUGGCCAACUACGCCACAGCCGCCGGCUCAGACUAUUCUUCUGCGCUGUCGCAUUCGCUUUCAAAUACGGCACAUCUGUUAGGCUCUGGCCAACAUCUACUACAAGACACAUACAAAAGUAUGUUGCCUGGUCAAGGUGUGGGUGGUUUCUCGCUGCCACAUAGUUCACCGUCGGCCGCCUCCACUGCGGCCUCGCCGCAAGCAUCAACGCCUUCAACACCAUCGCCACGUUCACAGAGACGUUAUGCAGGUCGCGCCACAUGCGAUUGUCCGAAUUGUCAGGAAGCUGAGCGCUUGGGUCCAGCUGGCGUGCACCUGCGCAAGAAGAAUAUACACUCGUGCCACAUACCUGGGUGUGGCAAAGUGUACGGCAAGACUUCGCAUUUGAAAGCGCAUUUGCGUUGGCACACUGGUGAGCGACCGUUCGUUUGUAAUUGGCUUUUCUGUGGCAAACGUUUUACACGAUCCGAUGAACUACAACGUCAUCUGCGCACGCACACCGGUGAGAAGCGGUUCGCUUGCCCCAUCUGCAACAAACGGUUUAUGCGCAGCGAUCACCUGGCUAAGCAUGUAAAGACACACAACGCUACCGGUCAGGGUGGCAGCAUGAAGAAGGGUUCGUCGGAGUCAUGCAGCGAUUCGGAGGAGCCUGGCAACCAAUCUGGCGAAUCAAAUGGUCUGAGCGGUAGCAACGGACAUCAAACUGGCAAUGGCAGUCAUCCCGGCACGCCCAAUUCGCAUCAAUCAGGCGGCGGUGGAAAUACAACACCAACUGGUGGACUAUUGACCGGCGGCUUGCAUCUGUCAUCACCGCACAAUAUGGCUGGCGGUUCACCAGUAAUGCUGCACGCUCAGCAACAACAUCAUCAACAGCAGCAGCAGCAACAAGCGCAAGCCCAGGCACAGGCACAGGCGCAAGCGCAAUUGCAACAUCAUCAACAACAGCAACAUGCGCAUGCUCAUUUGCAUCAUCAUCACCAUCAUCAUUUGGUUGGCAAUUCAGCGCCCAGCCCGGGACUAGAUCAUCACAGCACUUUGGUGGAUAUUAAACCACCAAUGGUUUGAGGGUCAUUGGGACCCUUUCUGUUCACCAAUUGAGGUGGCGCUCGGAAUGGGUCCAACGGUCUACUAAUGCGGCAACUAAUGUGUGGAGUGAAGUUGACAUAAAAAACGAAUGAAGGUCUAAUAGGCGAAGGAAGUCAUAAUCUUUGAAGGGAGGAAGUGGUUACGUGCGGGUUAGGUUGAAACAUGUUGGUAUACAAACUCUAUUGUAAAUAAUGCUUGUAACAAUGUGUUGUUAAAAAUAUCGUACUAUAUAGUGAAACAAUCAAAAAUGCUAUACUCUAUGUACAACUAAACAAAAAAAUAAAUAUCGAAAUGUUUUUCGUUUCAAAUAUGAAGUCGGAGAAAAUUUUGUAAAUAGCUGCGAAAGAUAUUGAGGGACCAAUGUUGUAAACAUUAAGAAUAUAAAUCGUUUAAAUAUUUUACAAAAAAAAAAGAAAACGACACCACAAAUAUUUAAAAUAAAAAAAAAAAAAACAAACAAGAAAGAAAUCUUUUAUCAACAAUUAAUUAACCUUAUUCAUUUCGAAAAAAAUAUCACUUGUUGCAACGGGUAAUGCAAGGAAAAAAAUUUCUAGUCCAAUUGAUAGAAAAUAAACAUUUAAAUGUUGCAUUAACUCAGCUAGAAUGUGCUUUCGAAAACGCUAAGCCUAUAAUCUAUAAGCAUAUGAGUCACUCAUUGUUUGGAAUUUGCUUCUGCUCCUUUUGAUAAGUUAAGUGUUAAGGAGUGUUAAGGAACUUUUAAAUGAAAUAAAUCAAAAUUUAAAGACAAAUUAUAAUUUAGCGAUGGGCUUCAUUUGCUAAACUAAUCAUAUAAAUAUCUUGCUUAACCCUAUUUAUAAAAAUAAAAAAAAUAAAAACAAAAAACCUAAACAAAUAAUAUAGAAGAAAU